GAGGAGAAAGUAGGAGUUGUCAUGGACGACGUGGAGCCGGUAUAUAAGGGACGUGGAUCAGCGGUGGGUUCGAGCUCAGCCUUCGACAGGUCCCUCGAGGAGAAGACGACACGCGGAGGACGGGACUGGGACGACAGCGGUCGCGCGAGGAGUGUAAACGAUGCCUGUGGUUGGAGUGGAGAUCUCUCAGAGCUCAGAUGAUAAAGACGCCGAUAUGACCUCCAAGCUCAUCAAGGACCAGCAGAACCCAUCUGGUAACGGGCACAGUCAUCCGGACCCAGGCCAGACCCCGAACCACCGACCCCCGCACGCAGACGCCCCACCGGCUCUGCCCGCGCCCAUCCCCGACCUGUGCAUCCAGCACACUAAGCUUUUCAUCAACAACGAGUGGCAUGAGUCGGUGAGUGGGAGGAAGAUUCCGGUGCGUAAUCCCGCGACUGGGGAGCUGCUCUGCGAGGUAGAGGAGGCAGACGCAGAGGACAUUGACAAGGCGGUGAUGAGCGCGAGAGCCGCCUUCGAGUUGGGGUCGCCGUGGCGAUCCAUGGACGCCUCCGACCGCGGCCGCCUGCUCAACAAACUGGCCGACCUGGUGGAGCGAGACCACCUGCUGCUGGCUACGUUGGAAGCUCUGGACUCUGGGAAGGUGUUCCUGGUGGCCUUCUUUGUAGAUCUGGUAGCCACCAUUAAAACCUUGAGGUACUACGCUGGCUGGGCGGACAAGAUCCAUGGUAAAACCAUCCCCAUUGAUGGGGAUUAUUUUACUUACACACGGCAUGAGCCUAUUGGAGUGUGUGGCCAGAUAAUACCUUGGAACUUCCCCUUGAUGAUGUUCUCGUGGAAGAUCGCUCCGGCUCUGUGCUCCGGGAACACGGUGGUGAUCAAACCCGCUGAACAGACCCCCCUCACCGCCCUGCACAUGGCCGCGCUCAUCAAAGAGGCGGGGUUUCCUCCCGGGGUGGUGAACGUGGUGCCCGGGUACGGCCCCACAGCGGGGUCGGCCAUCUCCCAUCACAUGGACAUCGACAAAGUGGCCUUCAGUGGUUCAACAGCUGUUGGAAAACUCAUACAGAGAGCUGCAGGUGACACCAACCUGAAAAGAGUCACACUGGAACUGGGAGGCAAGAAUCCCAUAAUAGUCUUUGCUGACUGUGACUUGGAGCAGGCGGUGGAACAGGCCCACAGCGGGCUGUUCUUCAACCAGGGCCAGUGCUGCGUGGCCGGGUCCCGGCUGUUUGUGGAAGAGCCCAUCUACGAGACGUUUGUGCGUCGCAGUGUGGAGAAGGCCCGCUCCAAGGUCCUGGGAGACCCGCUGACGCCCGGGGUGGACCAGGGACCACAGAUCGACCGUAAGCAGUUUGAUAAGAUCCUGGAACUGGUGGAGAGCGGGCAGAGGGAGGGGGCCACGUUGGAGUGUGGCGGGGCCCCCUGGGGCCAGCAGGGCCUCUACAUCCAGCCCACCGUCUUCUCCAACGUCACCGAUGACAUGCGCAUCGCCAAGGAAGAGAUCUUCGGCCCGGUGCAGCAGAUCAUGUGCUUCAGCAGCGUGGAGGAAGUGGUCACGAGAGCCAACGCCACGCACUACGGGCUGGCAGCAGGCCUGUUCACCAGCGACAUCGACAAAGCCUUCACCGUCUCCGCCGCCUUGCAGGCAGGCGUCGUCUGGGUGAACUGCUACAAUGCUAUGAGUGUCAUGUGCCCAUUUGGCGGUUUCAAAAUGUCCGGGAACGGAAGGGAACUGGGGGAAUAUGCUCUUCAAGAGUACACUGAAAUCAAGGCGAUCACGAUCAAAAUCUCCAAGAAGAACUCAUAAAAUGGCGAUGAUUUCGGAUUCACUUCUGGUCUGGAGCCAACCCCCAUUUUAAAAUUUCUCAAUUUACUUUUUAAAGAAAAAAACUAUUAUUUUUAAUGUUAAUACGACGAUGUCCAUACCAUCGUAGUAUACUAGAUACUAUGCAUACGGUAUUUGAUGAACAGUUACAUGUAUGUAAACUAGCACAUCUGGCACGAAAUGGAGGGUGACAUUUUGUACAAUAUUGUUUUAAGACGACAAUGAAUGAUCAUACAUUAUAUGAUUUUAUUAGCUGCUUUACAAAAACUUCAUAGAAAUACAUUAAACAAGUUAUUUACAGCGCAUGUGAUUUCUUAAUGAAAUCAGUAAAACGGUCGACCUUUAACCUAUAACCCACAUUAACCCAGUUCUCCACAUCACUGCAGUAAAUGUUUGCUAUAACUGUAUAUUUUAACAACUUUUUAAAUUUUACAAAUAUGUAAUAAAAGUGGUAUUUCUAGACUCAUAAGGCUGUCAUAAGGCACAAAUAUAUUGUCCCGUUGGAUUUCUCUUUAACGAAUCGGUAAUAAAGGUGAUAUUGUCAGAUGCU